UUCUUUGUCACAUCAAGUUUUUCAUAGAUCUCAUGCAAGAUCAUUUCUAACAAUGAUCAUGUCAUAUGGAGAAUGGAUGAUUUUCCUAGGUCCAGUUUUAUUUUUGGUGAAUUCGGGACAAGGACAGGAAUGUACCAUGAUAAUCAAGAAUAUUGAGUACUCAUGUUCUGGAAGAAAUCUGACCCAUAUUCCCCGCAGUCUUCCUGUCACUGUGAAGUCUCUGGAUUUCAGUUUCAAUUUCUUGAGCUCUUUACACAGGUGUGCGUUUCCUGUAUUGGUCAAUUUGCAAGUCUUGGAUCUCACGAGAUGCCACAUCAAGCACAUUGAAAAUGAUACUUUCUACAAUGUGAAGAAUUUGACUACUCUGAUUCUCACCGGAAACCCUAUUACAUAUUUUGGACCUGGAUGCUUUAAUUCUUUACAUAAUCUUCAAAGACUAGUUCUUGUGGAUGUUGGUCUCUCAUCAUUACAGAUUCAAAUAAAUAACCUAACCAAGUUGCAGGAGCUUAGAGUCGGGACAAAUAACAUCCAGUCCGUGUCUCUCCCUUCAUUCAUGAGCGCCUUCAAAGACUUCAGUUUACUUGAUCUACACGCCAAUAAUAUAUCCAUUAUAAAAACCGAUGACACAGUUGUGUUGCGAGAGAUCGGCAGAAACAUGACAUUGAUUCUUUCUAGGAAUAAAUUAUUACACAUUGAACCAGAAGCUUUCAAAGACAUUUAUCUCAAAGAGUUUCACAUACAAUCUGCCUUUGUUUCAUUAAAUGCACAAAAGGAGUGUCUAGAAGCUCUCACUGGUCUCAGUGUGGAUAAGUUGUUCAUAGGAAGCUACAGAAUGCAAUCGAAAGUCAAGGUGUCAAAUGAAAGUUAUCUUGAUGGUCUUUGCUCAGUUCAUUUCAAUGAAAUAUAUUAUGUUCAGAAAGAAUUUUCUGAAUCUGAAAUGCACUUGUUCCGCUGUAUGAUCAAUGCGACAAAAAUCACAGUGAAAAGGGGAUAUAUUAAAAGAAUGGAAUAUAUUCCAUUUCAUCGUCUUAAAGAACUGUAUUUAGGCCCCACUUUAUUAUCAACUGUACCGCGUAUUUCACACAUACCUACCUUAGAAAAACUAGUGGUGAGGAAUAAUAUACCCAUGACCUUUUAUGGUAUUAGUGAUUUGCCUCUUCUUCAGUUUGUAGAUUUGAGUGGAAACUUUUUGAUUUUGAAGGACUGCUGUUCCCAAUUUUUUCAGAGGACACCAAAUAUUCAUUACAUGAACUUUAGUCUAAAUUCAGAAAUAAGGAUUGAGGAUAAGCCGUUUUCUGGAUUAGACUUGCUUGAAGUGUUGGACUUCCACCGUACAAAACUAGUCCUAGUUUUUUACUUUGGAUUUUUACAUGGUCUGAAAAAUUUAAAGUAUUUGGAUAUAUCUUACACAACUAUUACUUUCACACGACAAAUUAUUUUUCAGGACCUGAACAAGUUGACUGUGCUUAAAAUGGCAGGAAACAGUUUUCUUGGGGAUGCAUUGAGUUACCUCUUGCAAAAUUUAACAGGUUUAGAGGUUCUUGACAUCUCACACUGUGGCAUUGAAGAAAUCCCCAGCAUAUCUUUUAUUGGCACCCAGAAAAUACAGUAUUUAUAUUUAAGUCAAAACAAGUUGAUGAUUUUGGAUUUUUUGGGCCUCCCAAACCUUAAAGAAUUAUCAUCACUUUAUGUUGAUAAAAACAGUAUUACUAGCCUUCCCCUUCAUGUUCUUCAAAAGUUGCCCACAAAUCUUUCGCAGUUUGAUUUAUCCUCUAACCCCAUCGAUUGCACCUGCUCCCAGACAGAUUUUAUUUGGUGGAUUAUCCAAAAUCAGAACAUUUUGAAGCAGCCGGAAAAUAUUUUCUGUAAAACCACAGAUUUUAGAGCAACAGACUUUGACAUUGACAGCUGUGUGCACAAGAAAAGACUCACAAUUGUUUUAUCUGUAAGUUUUGUUACAGUAGUAGUUCUUUUGUCAUUCUUGGCUUAUAGGUUUCAGUUUUAUCUUCAGUAUUGCUGUAUUCUACUGAUACGCUAUAGAUCACCUGGACAGCAAGAAUGUUCCUAUGACGCAUUUGUGAUUUUCUCCAGCUAUGAUGAAGAUUGGGUCAUGAAUGAACUGAUGGAGAAUCUGGAGAACAGUGUUCCACCGAUUCAGCUUUGUCUUCAUAUGCGGGACUUUCAGGCAGGGAAGUCCAUCGCCUCCAACAUUAUCGAUGAAGGUAUAAUGGGCAGUCGUAAAGUCAUUGUGGUCGUGUCUCAACACUUCAUUGAUAGUGCCUGGUGUCGCUUUGAGUUUGAAUUAGCCCAGUCUCGCUUUAUGAUGGAACGCAAUGCCAACAUCAUCAUCAUCAUUCUGGAAGAUGUGGAAGAGACGAAGACUAAGAAAGUGUUUGGACUUCAUAAGCAUCUGAAAAAGAACACGUACCUAAAGUGGAGCACGAGUAACACGAAAUUCUGGAAACGCCUCAGGAAAGCUAUUUUGGAUAAUUAA